AUGACGCUCAAAGAGCAGAGUAGCACCAUUGACCGUCUUUCCAAGGAGAACUUUGACCUCAAGAUGCGGAUUCACUUCCUCAAUGAAGCACUGAAUCGACGCUCUGAGGAGGGCAUCAAGGAGAUGAUCUCGGAGAAUGUUGAAUUGAAAUCGGACAAGCUGAAGCUGCAGAAGGAUAAUCAAAGCUUGAAGCGCAAGUUGCGCGAUCUCGAAAAACAGCUGAAAGACCAGCAGUCCGACAAGGAGUCGAUGCUGAACCAUGACCCCGAAGGUUCGGACGAGGAAGAUCGUGAUCCCGCGCAGGAUGAGGAGAUUCUUUUCCUGCGCGAGCGGGCAGAAACGUAUGAACUGGAAAUCGAGCGACUCCGUUCGGAAAGUAUUGCCCGCGAAAGUGAGAAGAGACGACUGGCGGAGAUGGUAAAAUCCCUUAGUGACGGGCGACCCAUGGGAUCGGAUGUUGGGGCCCGGGAGGAGAGGGAUAUGUGGAAAGACAUGUUGGAGGCCGAGACGGCGGCUCGCGAGCAGGCAGAAGAGGAAAAUAAGCGGCUGCGCGAGGAGGCCCUGCGUUUGAAGAAUGAGAUGAACUUCCCCGUCGUCGCCGCGCGAGUUGGGCAACGCGACAGAAUUGGCUCGAUGGCUUCGUACUCUGCCGCGUCCGAACGAGAUUUCAGCCGCGACCCCCAUACUGCUAGCUCAUCCAGCUCGACGCUGGUGAUGGAGUUGGAACUGCUGAAGCAAGAGAACGCGGAGUUGAGGAAGGAGGUGAGCGCUCAGACCUCGAUGCUCACGUCCCGGAACCGGGAGAAGGAGCGGUUAUACCAGGAGAUUGAAGAGCUCAAACUUGGUCAACGCCGGGAUGGGACUCGAUCGGUUGCCGGCGACAGCAUAUUCGAUCGCUCGGCAUCCCGGGCACAUGGUCGACCCUCUUCGCGCGCCAGCGAUGGCACGGGUCAAUCCCCGAGCGACGAUGCUGAACGCGAAGACCUUGAAACGCGCGUAGGCCAGCUGCGCGACCAGGUGUCGGCUUUGAAGCUCGAAAACCAAUCCAUCCGGGAGCAGCUGGACGAAGCCAACCAGGACUAUGACUCGCUGGACAAGGCAUAUCAGGCCGACGUCGAUGAGGCAGAAGAAGAGAUAUCGAACCUUCAACAAAUGGUACAAAAUCUCCGACAGGAGCGCGACCAGUCGUUACAGAUAGCCGAAGAGCGCGACGAAGCAUUUCAAAAUAUCCGCGCAGAAGCUCAGGAGGAGCUAGACGCCAUGAGUGAAGCUCUGGAGCAGAAGGUAGAAGAGUGUCAGCGAUUGAGCGAAGAAGUGCGUGUUCAGGACGAAAACCUUCGGGCACUCCAGGCGGAGAUGCGCUCAGCCAGCGAGGGCAUUAUUCGGCUUGAGGAAGAUGCACAGAACAAUCUCCAGCGGUACAAGGCCGUCCAGCAGGAACUGGAGGAUUGCAACCGAGAGAUGGAGUCGCUGGAGAAGGAUCUCUAUGAGGCCAACACCAAAGUCCAGCGGCUCACCGUGCAAAUUGAGUCGAGUCAGAAUGAGAUUGCGUUCCUCCGGGAGGAGCAAGACGGCGACAAAAUCAAGAUAGGAGAUCUUGAAUCAGAGCUCAAGUCCUACCAGCUAAGCCUGCAAAGUGAGCGCGACAAGACACGCGAACUCGAAGAACGCUUGGCGGAGGAACGGCACCAGCGUGAGGUUGUAGGCAGCAAAGAGAAGCAAGAGGUGCAGCGCAUUGUCAACGAGCUGAACCGGGAGGCAACCACCGCCAAGGAGGAGAACCGCAAACUUAGGAAGAACCUGUCGGCGCAGGAGAUUGAAGCCGCCACCUGGAAGGAGCGGUUGCUGGACUUGGAGAACAAUCUACGUGAGACGCUGGGCGAUCUGACUGGCAGUCGCUCUAGUCUAAUUUCCAACAUCAUGAAGCUGCAGAAGGAGUUGGAAUCGACAGCCUUGGAGCUCGAAAGCACGCGAGCCAAGCUGGACGACAAGGAGUCGCUUCUGCGCAAUCGCGAUGCUCUGCUGGAGAGUCAUGGGCUGGAAUCGCGCAAGCUGGCCGAGCUGCUCGACCGCGAGCGUCAUGCCCGCCGUGCUGACAAGCAGUCGUUCGAGCAGGCUCUUAAAUCCCACCACCAGGCCUCGCGCACCAUUACGCAGAACAACUCGCGCAUCUCGGAGCUGGAGAAUGCGCGUAAUCAGGAUCGCAAGCGCUUCACGACCUUGGAGCAGCAGUUCCGCGACCAGCUGAGCGAGCGCAACGUGAUGCUCCUGAACAUCUGGAAACGUCUGUCAGCCAUGUGCGGACCGGACUGGGCGCAUUCGAACAGCUUGAUCAACGGCAAUCUCCCCAGCCAGGAGGUCAUUGGCAACAUCCUCUUCUGGCCCGGGUUCAGCCGCAACCUUCUGCUCGCUGUCAAGACCGUCGAAAGCGUGAUCUCGGGCUUCAAGUCGCGCAUCAAGGGUGUUGAACGGGACCUGACCAAACAGUACCAGAUGCUGGAGCAUACCUUCAGUCUGCGUGUCAAGAAGCUUGACCGCCUUGAGGAGUCCAUGAUGAACAUGCGCGCACAACAGCACAGCCGGAACCAGUCCGGGAUGUCACCCGAAAUGGCGAAGCUCCGGGGUGAGAACCGACUUUUGAAGGCCGAGCUGAACUUGCUUCAGUCGCACUCGCGCAGCCGGGGACCCGCCUCUGCAGCUGUCUCCGCCGCCGCCGUCGGCAUUGGAUCCAACUCCCCGCGGUCACCGACACGCGCGCUCAGCCUAGACCCUGGAGCCGAUGCAGAACCAGGCUCUUUGAUCCGUCAUCAUUCAGCAGUAGAGAAACCCACCCCGUCGCGCGGUCUGUCACGGAGCGCCACCACUGGCAUCCCCCAGCCCUCGCAUUCGUCCUCGACGACUUCGACGACGACACUCGCCAACGAUGGACCAGGGGCGCUAGUGCAAGGUUCUCGCUCCCGGCACAUGUCCGCUGAUCCGGGGAGCAAUGAGAAGUGGAUUCAGCGCUUGCAUGAGCUGGAGAAGCGAUUGAAGGCCGAACGGGAGGCCCGCCUUCUGGACCGAAGCGGCGCACGGCGGCGGCUGGAAGAGCGCGAUGCGGAGAACCAGCGACUCCGCGCACAGCUCGAGCGACAGCGUGUGCGCAAAGAGCUAUCCGCGGGCACCUCGACCGAUGAGGACGUGCGCGAGCAUGGUCAACGGCGGCUCGAGGGGUCAGACCCGGGCAUGAGUGACGGAUACGAUCGGCGUCGGGAUGAUGAGAUGAGCUCGAGUGAAGGCGAGGGCAUUUACGUUGACAUUGAGGUUUGA